CGGAAGUAAAUAUUGACCCCGGGACUUUCAAAGCGAAAUCUAAAUUACAUUUCUAAUUGCUGUUAAAAUGGCUGCAACGGCAUCAAAGAACGCGAUCACUCUUAAGGGAUCCACUGAAAUCGUUGCCGAGUUCUUUGAUUAUGGAAUCAACAGCAUCCUGUACCAGCGCGGAAUCUAUUCACCUGAAAUGUUCACCCGUGAACAGAAGUAUGGUCUCACACUGCUCAUGAACACAGAUGAAUCCAUCAAAGAUUACCUUUCCAAGGUCAUCUCACAAAUCAAAGAGUGGCUAAUGAACAAGACUGUCAGCAAGCUGGUGGUUGUUAUAAAGAGUUUGUCUGCCAAUGAAGUGCUGGAGCGAUGGCAGUUUGACGUCGAGUGUGACAAAGCUGUCCUUGCAGAAACGAAGCCCGUGGAGAAGUCUGAGAAGGAAAUACAUGAGGGGAUCCGGGCUGUCAUCCGCCAAAUAACUGCCUCUGUUACAUUCCUCCCUCUCAUAGAGGAACCCUGCAGCUUUGACCUUCUGGUGUACACGGACAAAGACCUGGACGUGCCUGAGUCAUGGGGAGAGUCUGGGCCGCAGUUUGUUGCCGACUCUGAAGAAGUGCGCCUGCGCUCCUUCACCACAACCAUACACAAGGUGGACACCAUGGUCGCAUACAAGAAGGUCUAACUCUCUCGGGUGUUGGGACUGAAGACAUAUAUAUGCAGAAAUGGGUGUGCGACACAAAGGUGCUUUCUCUUGUGCUAAACUCAGAAUUGAUGGUGUUGAUUGCAAGAAGGCAUCAUGGUUUUUCAAUGGACUCAUUAAUUCAUUGUUCAAUAUUGUUUGCAGUAACAGAUACAAUCAUAAUGGCUGAACAACAGUAACAGUUUUAAUGACAGUUUCAUAAAAGUGAAAUGGUGAGAUUAUUGUUUGAACCGGUUUCAUAGUAAAGUGUGUGUUCCUUUGAAAACAUUUUUGCAAAAGUGUAAGAAAUCAUUUAAACAAUACAUGUACCUUCAUGCAUCUGACUUAAAUUCAGACUAGUUUGGGCCAAGUGUUUGGGACACACUUCAUGCAAUGGAAAUUCACAAAUCAGGGUUAUUAAAGUGUUGUUAAGGACAUACUUCGACUAGAAGUUCAAGUAGUAACAACAGGGUUAUUUCAGGUUUUGAUAUGACUAACAUGUACUGUUAUUACUAUUACAUAUGUAUUUAUAAUACAUGUGCUUUCUCUUGUCUUUAUUUCAUCUUCAAAUAAUUGUGUAUUUCAAAUACUGCAAAACAGGGUUGAUUUUUCUUGAAAUGUUUAAAUGAAAUAUAUGAAAUAAUUAUGUACUUUAAUAUCUGACAACUGCUAGAACUUUUAAAACAAGAUAUUUUAGAGAAAGUUUAUUUUGACACGUCUUUUACAUGCAAAGUCAUAUUUUUUUCUAAAUUGUUUCUUUUCAAUAGAGAUCCAGUACCUUAUUGUCAGAUAUAUUCAAAGUGUUAAGAAAUUUAACAAAAGAAAUCCAGAUUUUUUCACCAAAACAUGUCUAUGCCAUGUAGUAAAGUGAUAUAAGUUUAGGUUGAACAUAUUCCAGCCAAUUGAGACAUGGUUCUACAGUAUGUGAAAGGUUUGAUUCUACAGUAUGUGAAAGGUUUGAUUCUACAGUAUGUGAAAGGUUUGAUUCUACAGUGUGUGAAAGGUUUGGUUCUACAGUAUGUGAAAGGUUUGAUUCUACAGUAUGUGAAAGGUUUGAUUUUACAGUGUGUGAAAGGUUUGGUUCUACAGUAUGUGAAAGGUUUGAUUCUACAGUGUGUGAAAGGUUUGAUUCUUCAGUAUGUGAAAUAAUGGGCAGGUUCAACAGUAUGUGAAAUACACAAAAUUUGUUAUAAAUCUUUUUUCUUUUUUCUAAUAUCUCCACAUCCUGUCUAAUCAUCAUGUUGAAAUUAUGUACAUAAACCAAUUGAAAUGAU